GGGGGGGUGGGGGACGGGGAGGCGGGGAAUACACAUCAAGGCCAGUUCCGAUUGUCCGGUUUGGAGGUCCCACGGGAGCCCUAGCGGCCCAGCCACGUUCAGGACCUGGGCACCGGUACCCAGCUUCCGCCUCUCCGGACGGAGCGUGGGGCCAAGCGGGAGCGCGGCGGGGGUGUGUGUGGGGGGGUGCUGGCCAGCGAAGGCCGUGGCUCCGUGAACGUGGACGCGAAGCUAUCCCACGCGUACGCUCGCUGGACGCGCUCCGGGCUCUGAGGCCCGCCGGUCUCCGGAGUGGAGUUCGCCCCGCUGGGAGGGCACGAUCCAUCCGUCUAUCCACCCGGGCUGGGUGGUGGGCUUCUAGCCAUGGAGAGGAGGCUCCGCGAGGCCCAGCAGUACAAAGAGGAGGGGAACCAGCGCUACCGGGAAGGGCGCUACCGGGAUGCGGUGAGCCGGUACCACCGGGCACUGCUUCAGCUUCGGGGACUCGACCCAAGCCUGCCCUCCCCGCUGCCACCCCUGGGAGCCCGAGGCCCGGCGCUCACCGUGGACCAGCAGAAGGUGCUGGAGAGCACGCAGACCGACUGCUACAAUAACCUGGCCGCCUGUCUCCUUCAGAUGGAGCCAGUGAACUAUGACCGAGUGAGAGAAUACAGUCAGAAGGUCUUAGAGCGCCAGCCUGCCAAUGCCAAGGCCUUGUACCGGGCAGGAGUGGCCUCUUUUCACUUACAGGACUAUGACCAGGCUCGAUGCUACCUGCAGGCCGCCACUGACCAUCAGCCAAAAGAUGCCAACGUCCGGCGAUACCUGCAGCGGACAGAAUCAGAACUAAGCAGCUACCACCAAAAGGAAAAACAGCUUUACAUGGGCAUGUUUGGUUAGCCAGAGACACCAAGCCUUCUUUGGCCCUCCUUGCUAUAGGGUGAACCCUUAGAAUCCCUCCUCCCUCCCCCCGAACUGGAAACAGGGCUUCAAGCAGAGGAAGUGGGCACUCCACCUUUGACCUACCUAGGCUGGGCUUUGGCUGCCAUCCCAAACAACUGCUCCACUCGCACACGUCCUCAUCUUCCUCGCCAUCUCUGUGUUUCUGUCAGCGUCAUUGUAGCCUUGUGGAGCUUUACCAUAGGAAACACCAGAACAAGCCCACUAGAUGAAAGUGGGAUGAAUGAUCUCGGCGAACUGCAGACUCCAAGAAGUGGGUGGCCAAAUUGGCUGCAGGCAAAUGUUGAGGCUGGCAGAAAGGGGUGUGGGGCAGGCAGGAACAAGGCUUCUGGUAGCCUUCCUUGGGGAUCCAAAAGUCGGUGGAACACUAUUGGACAAUUGGGGGUUACGAGUGUUUGGGUGGCAUCAAAGGACAGCCUGGUAGCCUGGGAAUGCCCAUUCUGGACCACAUUCUCAUUCUUUUUUUUAGAAUGAUAAUCAAAAUCAGAGAUUAGGUGAAAAUAUAUUAAGACUUAAGCUUAGCAUGAUCAUUUUCCCCUUUGGGUUAAGCUGACACAAUUGUUCUGAGACCCCAGGACUAAUAAUUGUUUACCUGACAAUGACAUCUGAGCCAUGCUCAGAUUUUCCUUAUCACUCCUGGUUUCUGCUUCUUUCUGCAUAGUUAGCGUUUAUUUCUGAAGCAUAGAUGAGCCUCAAAAAUGAACCACAUUCAUUCAGCUAUGGUAGCAAAGUGACCACACAAUGCCGCCAUCUACGGAAGAUGUAUGAAAGCGAUCUCAGGCUGUCCCCUUAGAAACUGCCAUGCCAUACAAGGAGCAUUAAAAGCAUCGUUCUCUGUCUA